CAGCACUGCUGGAACUGAACAGCGACCGUCCGCGAUGAAACGGCGCGGCUCCGCGCGAUCAAAGCCGCUCGCUCGCCUUUCCGUCCGACUUAACACCCCGUGACUGUCGACCUGGGUCCAAAGGACCAGCACGCGGCGGAACAACGCGGGGAAAAAUGUGUCGCGAGCGUCCAGAGGGUCUCGGUCCAGUAACCCGUUGUGCUUGUUUGUCUCGCCCUCCGCUCGAGCGGGAUGUGGCUGUUUAGGGGAUGGAAACGCACAAAGGACGAGAGUGAAUGAAGACAAACAGCCGGAGCCGCUGCUUCUGAACUGGAUCUCGGAGCUGGAGCGGAUGUCUCGCCAGAACCACACAGGCUUUCCAGGUUUUCCAUUGGAGCUGCAUUGCCACCGAGGUUGGGUUGGGCAUGUCAGCAACCCCAGCGCAGCGCCUGCCUCCCCCUCACCACUGACAUGAGCACAAAGACGAAGAGGAGCAGAGGGCUCAGAGCUGCAGCGGGACGCGGGAGGUGGUGGGAGAGCAGAAGCAGGGGGACACGGGCUGACCCCGGGGCGUCCGGGCUGCGGGAGGCCCCUUCAGAGCCGGGGACGAGCUCCAAGGGCAGUGCGGCACCGGGGCUCCUCGCACUAGGGCAGGAGGAAGUGGCCACACACCCUUCCCCCAACACCGAUAUACGGUUUCGUCCACAGUUUGGCCCUCCCUCAGCAAAGCCUGGCUUGACCACACGUCCUGAAGCACACCUAUGAUGUCUGUGUUGGCAUCUCAAGACUUCUGAUGGUCCAAUGAACAUACUGGUGAGGUGUCUCCUCAUCUGUCCAUCGCUGGUCACCGUACUGACGCUCUUUAUAGCCAGGGCCAUGGGUUGCAUCCAGAGCAUCGCCUGCAAGCCGCGGGUCAGGCGCGAGAACAUCGUGGUCUACGACGUCUCGGCCUCCAUUGACCAGUGCCCGACGGUCAUCGAGGAAAACUCGCCCAUCGUGUUGAGGUACAAAACCCCUUACUUCAGGGCUUCGGCCGGGAUCGUCAUGCCACCCGUGCCCAGGAACGAGACGUGGACGGUGGGCUGGAUCCAGGCGUGCACACAGAUGGAGUUUUACAACACGUAUGGCGAUGUUGGCAUGUCCAGCUGGGAGCUGCCAGAGCUCCGUGAAGGCCGAGUAAAGGCCAUCAGUGACUCGGAUGGCGUCAGCUACCCAUGGUACGGAAACACCACAGAGACAGUGACCAUCUCAGGCCCCACAUCCAAGCCCUCACGGCUCACUGUCAGCAUGAAUGACAACUUCUACCCCAGUGUGACGUGGGCCGUUCCUGUCAGCAACAGCAACGCGCCCAUGCUGACUCGCAUCACGCGCGACCAGAGCUUCAUCACGUGGCUAGUGGCGCUCAACAACGCCACCAAAGAGCGGAUCGUGCUGCAGACAGUGCGCUGGCGCAUGCGGGUGGACAUCGCUGUGGACCCUUCGAUGCCUCUGGGCUCCCGGGCUUCCCUGGUGGGCCGAACGCACCAGGAGCAGCCCCACAUCCUGGCCAACAAUGAACCUAUCCCACCCAACGCUCUGGGACGGCCUAACGCCAACGACGCCCAGGUGUUGAUGUGGAGGCCGCGGAGGGGGGCACCCCUGGUGGUUAUCCCCUCCAAAUAAAGACUGUCCACAGUGCCUCCCAAUCACAAAUAGAUGGUAAAAACCGUUACAAUGAAAGUAUUCGUAGGGGCAGUGAACUGAGGGGAAUAAAAAAGGGGGCCCUCUUGUGGUCAACCUUGGACAGUUCACAAUGCCUCUCAACCAAAACAAAGAAAGAUAGCAAAAUACGAUUAACAAGGAGCACUGGACCAUGAGAAACAGUGACGCUGGAGGCCAUCUCCUCCAAAGGACUGUUAGUGCCUCCCAGCACUAAAAGACACUUACCGUAAACGUCUGCCCUCUAUGUUGGAGCUUUGGACCAUGGGGAAUGAAGGCAAUGGAGGCUGGGGCCUGCACCUUCUGGCGCUCCUCCAUGCUGCCUUGAGAGAGCGGACUUCUCUUAGAUUCAGACUGAUCCAAACCACUUGACCGCCUUUUCCAAUCACUCUCUGGUUCUUGACCAGCCGUCAAUCGAUCGUUCAGGACUGCCUCACGCUGGAUCUCACUGAAAACGCCACAUACUGCAUGAAGAAGAAUUGUAGGCUACAUUUGGUGCCAUGUGGCACUAAUUGGGUUGAAGUGGCAUCAAAACGAUGACCGUUACAUGAAGCUGGGAGAUUCACUCUUUAGCAUUUUAGGACAACCAGCACAAAAGCUUUGAAGCUCACACACCACACAGAAAAGACCCUUGAGGCUUGAGGCUGUAAUGGAUGUUAGCUGAGAUGUUUUGCUAGAUGCGAAGUGGACGAGGGAAGCAAUCUGAGCGGUGACCGAGGAGUGUCAAGGCGACAGUUUCACAAAAAAUCGAAUUUAUGAAUGUCUGAAUUUGGCUUUUUUUAGUUUUCUUCGGUAGCUAUGAGUCUAAUUUAUUGUUGUAUGCAAAAGUCUGAAAACGUCUGGUCAAAUGACACGUUUUGCUGAAGGGAAAAUAAGUUAACACAUCUGCGCAUUUCAAGUUCAGUUUCUAUUUAUUCGCUGGAUUUUUAGGUUUUUUUCUUUCAGUAUGUUAAGUUCAGCAAAUAAAGAGUAGAUGUGCAUUAAAAUGUGCAUAAGUGAGCUUUCUGUAGAGCACGUUAACUUAUUUAACCUUAAAAAAUCAACAAAAUUGUGUCGUAUGAUCAGAGGCAUUUUACGUACAGUUGUAUCUAACAGGUAACACAAGAGAAAUACCCCACCGAUUAGCACUGUGUUAACUACAUUUUGUCUGUUUUUACAAAUAACAGAAUGUCAUACAGCAGGGAUCAUCAAAUAGAUUGACCUUGAGCCAAAAUCUGGCAGAGCAAAUAUUCUUUAGGCCAGGCCUCCCACAUAAUUCUACCUGAAUGCCAUUUAUAAGCUUUCUCAGUCCAUAUGUUACAGUAGAGCUGCCUUGAGUGCUACGAAGCCUAGUAGGGUAGUAAAUGUACACCACUAUUAGCUUACAUAACGUUACAAAUCUCAUAGAAGAGCUAGCGGAAAUCAGCCUUCAAAAUGGGAGCACUGGCGUGAACCAAUAAAGCACGGAUUGAGAAAUACUCAGUUAUUAUAUACGCUGGAUUGCAUAGCCAACCUAUCUAAUCUGUAAUUAAACAUUCACUAAUAUAAAAGAAAACAGCAGCUCAUGUUAGCGUAUUCUCCAUUAUGCCUGUGGUCUGCUAGCACUUCUAUGGGAUUCAGUGCAAUUAGGCCUAGGAGUUACAUUAGGGGUGGGCGAUACAGCAAAAAAUAUUGCGAUGUUUCAAGACAAUUUCAUGAUACAUGUUAUGAAUUUCAAUAUUUAGUUAGUAUCUAUAAUAAUAAACCUACAAUUACAAUAAAUUGUAUUCAAUGUUUCACAAACUACACAGCACUAAAUCGAGUUAAACAGGGCUUAUUGUGCUCACUUUGCAACGAAACACGUAGUCAGUCAGUGUUCUUUAAGUACUGCCGAUGUCCACGAUAUGCUUAGAAAAACAUAUUGUGACAUAAAGUAUCAUGAUAACGAUAAAAUAUUGUCAUAUUGCCCACCCCUAAGUCACAGUUUUCGGCCAUUCCCGAUUUAACGCUGGCAUUUGAGGCUUAGACAAGACAUCUCGGACUAUAUUUAAAGUUUCCAUUUCUAACAUCUGACGGAAACCUUUGGUCAGGCUACCACUCAUAUUCACAGCCAGUGACGUAUCUAGAACUUCCAGAAGGCCCACAGGGCUGAUUUUUCUCAAAAAAUUGGUCCCAUUGAAAAAUAAAAACAAGAUUCUUAUCCGUUCCUAAUUGUGUUAGUAGGUAAUGUAAAGUGUAAAGCCUUCAGUUCAGCUCCUGAAAUCCUAACCAAUGGAAGCGCUCGCUUGGCUGUAUCUGCCUAGAUACCACGGAGAAAACAAUCCUGAUUGGACGAUUUUCUGAGAAUGUAACCUUUUUGUUUCUAUAACCUUCCCAAUGAAAUAUGAGUAUUACUACAAGACUUGUAGAGUUUAAAUACAAAAGCAUGAUCAUUUUUUAAAACUAAAAAUUUGCGAAAAAUUUUAAUACAUUUUUAGGUUCCUAAAAAUGAUUAGAAGGCCUUGAGGGUUCCACCCUAGAAAAUUACAUUUACAUUUACGGCAUUUGGCAGAAGCUCUUAUCCAGAGCGACUUACAGUUUGAUCGUUUUACGCAGGUGGGCGAAGGCGGUGUUAGGAGUCUUGCCCAAGGACUCUUAUUGGUAUAGUGUGGGGUGCUGACCCAAGUGGGGACUGAACCCCAGUGUACACUACACCAACCACAAUCCCCUAUGUGCUCAUGUAUUUCAGGAGCUGUUGGUAGUAGAGCAGAAUUCAAUGCUUUAUUCCUUUUUUAUGGAUUCAUCAUAAAAGUAAUAGAACCAAACAAAUGUUUUGAUCCGUUGGAGCUAUUUGAUGAUCCCAGUCUCAGUUUCUGAAACCAGCUAAGUAAAUCUAUUUGAGAUUGUCCGCCUUGUUACUUGUACUAGCUGCAGCACUAAACUAAGGAAGCCAACUUCAGACACCAGUCAUGUCUUGGCUGACUGACUCUGUUUGGGCUAAGGCGAAUAAUGUGUGAAUCUGAUUUUUUGCCAAACGGUCUCUUUAAUUAGCGAGGUCUAUAGGUCACGAUGCUGUGGGUCUGGAAGGCUAGUGUCCUCCACUCGCAGGCGUGCUGACCCGAGAGAGCUGGUGGGCGGGUGUUUAUCCUCGCGCACGAGUCUGAAUGAGUUCCCUCGCUCGGCGGGCGCUGCACCAUAGGCAUUUUUCAGAUUAGUCACAUGCCAUACGAAACUCCAUCUGUGCGGCUCUCCGUUCGGCCCUUUCUCUCUCCUCCCAAUCUGUCUCGCCCUCUCCUCUCCCACUGAGACUCCGUAGGUGCUUAUUACGUCUCUGAGACAAAUGUUCCACCUCUUACGUCUAACUCAGUCCAGCUCCUCAGUGUGCUUAAUUCUGGAAUUGUUGGGCAAACCCACAAGUUGGCUGCACUGCAGGCCAAAAAGUAUGAAAACAGUUAAAAAUAUUUUAAAAUGUGAACAUUUGCCAACAACCACCACAACAUGUUUAUUUACAUCUAGUUUAACCUGGAAAAGGUUCCGUUUCUCUUAUAUAUUCUAUUGGGAAAGCCUUGUUAAAGCGGACUUCCACCAUGUUUUUUAGAAUUCCUAUAUAAUGCAAAGUCAAUUAGAGUGAUUUGGUGUGAACGCUCCAUUCUAUAGAGUCAGAAUUGUUCACAGUGGUGGUGAUGGGACAUCUGCUUGUUUAACGACGUUUAAAGCUCAAUGCCUCUUAGAGCUACCUCGCCGAAAGUUAUUACACAAAAUUGUUACGAAUAUGCUGUGUUAUGCACAAAAUCAUAUUUCAUGAUAGUUUUGCGAUAAGCUUUUGGCCUAAAAUGUGACUUUUAAAGGGCUCGUAUCAUUGAAAGCUGCAUUUUCCUCGUUUAUUUUAAUAAAUGGUUUCAUUUAGUGUGCAAACAUUUUUCAAAUUUCAAAACAUACAGUCCACUUCACAGUCAGUGCAGCCCAUAUAUGAAACAAAGCUUUAAAAAUGACCACUUUUGAAUUCAGUGUCACGAGAACAAGUACAUUUACGCAAAUCCGCCUACUCAGCCUAUAGCCAUUUAGCCCCGCCCACUCACGCUGAAGCUAUAAGGAGUGUUUCAGCGCGGGGUGCUUUUUGAAUGAGGCACAGUAUAACGUAGCCAAUCAGAACAGAGCUCUGAUACAUAUAUCUGUCUUAAAGGUACCAAAAAUAGUUUAACUCUAAAUGACAGAGGCUGGUAAAAAGUCACGUAAUAAUGUAUUAUGACUGUUUUUAGUAAAUAAACCCGCAUAAAGGUUGUAAAUGGACAUCAGGGAAAAACAGGACACAUUUUUUAUGAUUUAUCACUUGUUUACCAUCAUUAACACUAUAUGUGAAGCUCAGGAGACAUGUGUAGGUUCACUGGGUAGUAAAUAAAAUGGCUAUAUUUGUGUUGUAGGCAUGGUGACCCCUGGUUCCUAUCACCACCACUGUAAAGAAAAUCAGCUUUUUUUAUAUCUAGACUGCUGAAUUUUGCAGAAAUUUUGAAAAAUCAGUGCAAUUUCCCUUCAACAAUUUCUUACUGUGCAUGAUUUUGCUGCACACAUUUAGGAACAAACCCAUCUGCUCUGGUUUAGCGAGCAUUUUAUCGCUUAACUAAUAAUGUGCAAACGUGCUGUUGCUUCGUUUUUGGCCUGUAGUGAAGCAAAGGCCGAAUGAGCGAAGGCCGUCUAGCUGGACGGGUUUUAGAAAAGAAAGGGUCUGGCUAGUUAGGGGCUUGAAUUUCCACCUACACUUAAAGGUUUUGGCUGCACAAGUUUAAGGUGACCACAGCUGUUAUGACUAAGCAGAAGAGUAAUCAACGUUUAUUAUGUCUACUGCAUUAUUUGUGUGGAAUGUUUUGUCUCUCCUACCUCAGAUGGAAAAAAACCUUCUCAAUGUGCCUCAGCUUGAUAUGGAAGCUCAUUUCUGACCGUUAGAGGAGAAACAGCUCGCAUGUUUCUCCUUCUUGACUCUUUCUGGCAGCAUUUUUACUUCACAAUCCCGGAACGAUGACCAACUUUCACACAUUUCUCAACACAAAAUAAUGACUUACUAUGUCAAAAUAAUGACUUACUACAUUUCAAGAAAGUAAGUCAUUACUUUAUUAUACUAAAUUAUUAUUUAAGGAUGAUAAGUCAGGAUUUUGAGAAAAUACGUCACUAUUUGACAUAGUAAGUUGUUUUGAGAUACUGCAACAUUUUCAGAUAUUAAGUCAUUAUUUUGAGAUACUAAAUCAAAGCGCUGAGGAAAAUAAGUAUUUCGAGAUACUUCAGUCAAAAUUGUGAUAAAAUGCCAUUAGUCAACAUUUUGAGGCAAUAAGUCAUUAUUUGAAGAUACCUUGAAGUCAAAAAUAUAAGAAAAUAAGGCAUUACCUCCGGAUACAAUGUAAAAUUUAGGGAAAAAAUCAUCAUUUAAAGACACUUAACUCAAAAAGUUGAGAAAACAAGUCAUUUAAAGACACUUUGGUAUCUUAAAUUAUGGGAAUACAUCGUUAUUUGAAGAUACUAAGUUAAACAUUUGAGAAAAGUGAGAAAAUAAGUCAUUAUUUUGAGAUACAAACUCAAAAUGUUCAGAAAAUAAGAAAUUCAUUUAAAGACGGUGAGUCAAAAAUACAAGAAAAUGUCAUUCAAGUCUAAAUUUUGAGAAGAUAAGUCAUUUAAAGACGCUUAAGUCAAACAUUUGAGAAAUCGUCAUUGUUCAAAGAUGUUUAAGCCAAACUUUUGGAAAAAAUGUCAUUACUUUAUAUGAAGAAACGAAGCCAAAAAUACGAGAAAAUAAGUCAUUAUUUAAAGAUACUGAGUCAUUUUUAAGGUCUUAAGUUAUUUACUGCAUGACGUUGUUUUGACUCCAAAUUUUGAGAGAAUGCUGCCAGAAAGAUAAAACAUUGAAAAACCGGAAUUUUUUUCUCUAUCUGGCUGAAAUGGGCCUCCUAGCUAACAGGGCUGAGGUUUAGAUGAAGUCUUUAAUGUAAUGAAGCUCUAAAUGAUCCUCCUUUUAGCCAACGCUUCUCAGCACCGCCCGCUCUUAUCCUUUCAACCUUGAAAACGAAUGUCCGAAUGAAGAUAAGACACUAUUGUUUUGAAGAAACAGGGAAUGGACACACCAGCAGUGAAUGUGUGGUUUGGAGACGCACCUGAGAGGCGUUUAUUCCAGCAUUUCAGUCUCGACCGAUGACGUUUCAGCGUAUGAGGUGACAUUUAGACAUGUUCUUCUUAUUAAGGAACAGAAAAACUUUUAAGCGAUCACUUUAAAUGUAUCGAAACUUUUGAUAAGGAACAUUAUGAGAAAAGAUUUAUGAAAAAUGAACACAAUUAUCGAUUCAUCCUGAAAAAGAGCUUGUUCACAUAUAAUUUACCAUUAAAAACAAGUCUAUGCAAUGGCAGAGUAUUAGCAAACUGUGGCCCAUGAGCAUGGAAAGACCUUUAAGUCAGUGUGUGCAGCGGCGACUGAAGAGAUGUUUUUCCUUUUUCUUGCAUGCAAACUUGUUUUUUGCAUAAAAAGCAGACUGUGACGUGACAUAUAUUUCUGUUGAAUGCCCAAGCUAAGAGCGGUGAGCUCGGAUUGGUCACUUUUUCCCCCUCCAAGCUUCUAAUAAAAGAACACUGAGCAUC